CCGCCCGGGGCUGAACGGCGGCGCUGGGGAGGGGGCCAGCGGGGGUGCAGCCCUUGGUGUCUGCUGCAGUCCAGCCCCAGAGGGCGUGGAGACUGAGGGGCGGUGAAAUAUCUGCUCUGGGUCCGCCUCUUUCAUUGAUGAAAUUUAAGUUCGUGUGGUUUUUACCUUUUCCGGGAGUCUCCAGCUGGCCCUCAUUUGUGUCAGGAGCGCAGUAUAGGCACGAGUUCUAGGUAGACUCGGUCGCACCAAGUUUCCGCCCUUUGGAUUUAGGGAAGGUUUUCCUAGUAGUUUUUUUUUUUUUUUUUUUGAUUUUUGUUUUUUAAUCGCUUUGAAUGAAUACUCCCUUAAAUAUCCAAACAUUCGAGGAGCAAGAACACGUCGGUUGGUAAAAGCAGGGAGGAGGAAGAGAGACCUGCCCUAUAGCGUGACUCCUCUAGAAAUUUUUUUUAAAAAAUUAUAAGCCAGAGUAUUUUAAUAAAACACUAAAAUGUCGAGAUUUGUACAAGAUCUUAGCAAAGCAAUGUCUCAAGAUGGUGCCUCUCAGUUCCAAGAAGUCAUUCGACAAGAGCUAGAAUUAUCUGUGAAAAAGGAAUUAGAAAAAAUACUUACCACAGCACCCUCACAUGAGUUUGAGCACACUAAAAAAGACCUUGAUGGAUUUCGGAAGCUGUUUCACAGAUUUUUACAAGAAAAGGGACCUUCUGUGGAUUGGGGGAAAAUUCAGAGACCGCCAGAAGAUUCUAUUCAACCCUAUGAAAAGAUAAAGGCCAGGGGCUUGCCUGAUAAUAUAUCUUCUGUGUUGAACAAGCUGGUGGUGGUGAAACUCAAUGGUGGUUUGGGAACCAGCAUGGGGUGCAAAGGCCCUAAAAGUCUGAUUGGUGUGAGGAAUGAGAAUACCUUUUUGGAUUUGACUGUUCAGCAAAUUGAACACUUGAACAAAACCUACAACACGGAUGUUCCUCUUGUUUUAAUGAACUCUUUUAAUACGGAUGAAGAUACAAAAAAAAUACUACAAAAGUACAAUCAUUGUCGUGUGAAAAUCUACACUUUCAAUCAAAGCAGGUACCCGAGGAUUAAUAAAGAAUCUUUACUUCCUGUAGCAAAGGAUGUAUCUUACUCAGGGGAAAAUACAGAAGCUUGGUACCCUCCAGGUCAUGGUGAUAUCUACGCCAGUUUCUACAACUCUGGUUUGCUCGAUACAUUUAUAGGAGAAGGCAAAGAGUAUAUUUUUGUGUCUAACAUAGAUAAUCUGGGUGCCACAGUAGAUCUUUAUAUUCUUAAUCAUCUAAUGAACCCACCCAAUGGAAAACGCUGUGAAUUCGUUAUGGAAGUCACAAACAAAACACGUGCGGAUGUGAAGGGUGGGACACUCACUCAGUAUGAAGGCAAACUGAGAUUGGUGGAAAUCGCUCAAGUGCCAAAAGCACACGUGGAUGAGUUCAAGUCUGUAUCAAAAUUUAAAAUAUUCAAUACAAACAACCUAUGGAUUUCUCUUGCAGCAGUUAAAAGACUGCAGGAACAGAAUGCCAUUGACAUGGAAAUCAUUGUGAAUCCAAAGACUUUGGAUGGAGGCCUGAAUGUCAUUCAGUUAGAAACUGCAGUAGGGGCUGCAAUUAAAAGUUUUGAGAAUUCUUUAGGUAUUAAUGUUCCAAGGAGCCGUUUUCUGCCUGUCAAAACCACAUCAGAUCUCUUGCUUGUGAUGUCAAACCUCUAUAGCCUUAAUGCAGGAUCUUUGACAAUGAGUGAAAAGCGGGAGUUUCCUACAGUGCCCUUGGUUAAAUUAGGCAGUUCUUUUACAAAGGUUCAAGAUUAUCUAAGAAGAUUUGAAAGUAUACCAGAUAUGCUUGAAUUGGAUCACCUCACGGUUUCAGGGGAUGUGACAUUUGGCAAAAAUGUUUCAUUAAAGGGAACAGUUAUCAUCAUUGCAAACCAUGGUGACAGAAUUGACAUCCCACCUGGAGCAGUAUUAGAGAACAAGAUUGUAUCUGGAAACCUUCGCAUAUUGGACCACUGAAAAGAAGAAUACUGUAUAUACACUUUAUACUAAUUAUGGGCUAAAUUAUGGGCUAAAUAAUUUCUUAUAUUGAAAUGUCCUCUAGGAUUCUAAAGUAGGCAGGUACUUGACUAUGUUACUGUACCCUGCAGUGUCGAUUUUUAGAGUUUUCUGCAAUAUGCUUUUAGUCUAAGAAAAACAGAUGGAGCAAUACUUUCCCUCUUUGAAGAGGAUCCUGAAAGUUCAUCUUAAAGUGCAAUAUUGUUUAAUCCUAAAACUGGGGCAGUUCUGUUGGAAGUUUUUUUUUUUUUUUUUUUUUAACAGAAGCCUCAGUGACGGUCACUUUGAAUUGCCUGUGAUUUCAAAAAUAAAGUGGUAAAGCCAUA